GAUCAGGAGGAGAUGGUGAGGGUUGGGUUGGGUGGACACAUUCAGCUGGUAAAAGUUUUCGUGCGCUUUUCUCUGGGCGUAAUUUGGACAGCGCGCGCGGGGAGCGCUAAUUAGUCGUCGAAAAAUAUUCGUAAUGUUCGACUAAACACUGAAAACAACGAAGCGUUCGUUAAACGCAAACUCGUUUGUUUUGUGUUGAUGUUUACAGAUUGUAGCCAUGAUGACUCGAAACUAGCUAUCGGGCUACGCUCCGAAAUGGUCUCGGUUCUGCGUGUCAGUGCGAUUCUCGAUCCGGAUUUCAGGAUGAAACCGAAGUCUAAUCGGGCCAGAAUCGAUUCGGAUUAACGAUGCUCUCCAGAAAGAAGAGUAAAAACGAAGCGUCCAAGCCAGCCGAAGUUCAGGGCAAAUAUGUGAAGAAAGAAACUUCCCCGCUUCUGAGAAAUUUAAUGCCCUCGUUUAUCCGGCAUCCAACAUUUCUUCGGCGUGAGCCCCCGUUAGUGGAGCCAGUUCCGGCGGGGGUGUCUGGUGCAGGUCCGUAUUCCUCUGGUUCUGUUGGGGACGUUAGCGGCCCCAAGAGUUUCCUGCGCAACGCACCUCCACGGACCCCCCUCGAAAUAUCCCGCAGGGAGACUCAUCGGCUUUCUGCCCCACCACACCUUCAUCGCGAUUACUCCCCUUCCUCGCCAUCCUACAUCAGCGAUGCUGGUUCGGUGACAGAGAAUGGAGAUGGCGGCCCGUAUUACUAUCCUCCAGAGCCGUACUACAAUAACCAACCCAGACGAGCCCACAGACAAGACCACUUUAAUGAGAGCUACAGGUACUAUGAGCACAAUGAACUCAACUACCCACGAAACCCAGGACAGCCCCAGACGCCCCAGCCACAUAGUCGCCCACCCCCAGCAAUCGGCCGUGUGCCAGCGAAGUCGGUGGGUAAUCUGACUACGAUGAGUGGAGAGGAGAUGGUUCUUCCUCCAGGCUGGACUGUUGAUUGGACGAUUCGAGGCCGGAAGUAUUACAUCGAUCACAACACAAACACAACACAUUGGAGCCACCCGCUGGAGAGGGAGGGGCUUCCGCCGGGCUGGGAGAGGGUGGAGUCAGCUGAGUUUGGAGUGUAUUAUGUUGACCACAUCAACAAACGUGCCCAAUACAGACACCCCUGCGCACCCAGUGUUCCACGUUAUGACCAGCCCCCUCCCCCGCCAGUCACCUACCAGCCCCGCCCACCAGAACGCAACCAGCCCGUACUGGUGCCAGCAAACCCGUAUCACACAGCCGAGAUCCCAGACUGGCUGCAGGUGUAUGCCAGAGCCCCACUAAAGUAUGACCACAUCCUGAAGUGGGAACUCUUCCAGUUAAUGGAUCUGGACACAUAUCAGGGGAUGUUGAAGCUGCUUUUCAUGAAAGAGCUGGAGUGCAUCGUUAAAUCCUAUGAAGCAUAUCGACAAGCGCUGCUCACCGAACUUGACACACGCAAACAGCGGCAGCAGUGGUAUGCCCAACAGCCAGCCAAAAACUUCCCUCCGAACAUGUGACUCGAAUGAGACACACCAGCCUUAUCAGUGCCUUAGCUGCUGAUGCAGACUCUCAUUUACUUCCUCAAACAGCUCCAAAUAUAAACGCCCAAAGAGAGACGCCACACAAAGCAUGUUGGAAACUUUACACUAUUACGCCUAUAUAGAUUAUCAGCCAUUAUACGGCUGUGUGUUAUGAGUCUGCUUUGGUUUUGACUGUGUGUUGUGAAUGUGUUUGCGCAUGUCAGGACUCGCUCCUUCUUUAUGGCAUUGUCUGUAUGGACAAUCAUAACUAUCAGUUUUCAAUGUUUUAUGUUUUAUCAGACUGCGCAAUGGUAGUUUUGCUUUUUGGAUGAAUCUCAUAAAAAAUGCAUCCAGUUCACAUUUUACCCCAAAAAAAAAAAAAAAAAAAAAAAAAAAAGGAAUUUAUAGUUUGUAAAGAAAAUGAAGCUUGUUUUAGGAUUAAUAACAACAGCAUAAAUUAACGGUUUUA